UCAUCCUGUAAAGGCAUUCCUGCUCUGGUAAAUGCAGAUUGUUUGAAUUAAUUAUUUUGAAUUUUACACUUUUUUAGAUUUUUAUGUGACUUGAAGAUAUUUUUUAUGCUUUCUAUUGAGAGACUUUGGAGCAAGGAAUUCGAGUAGUUGCGUCCCAGGCAUAUUUUUCUAACAGGAAAAAGAUGACAGCGCGUGAUGCUUUAAAUUCAGCACUUGAUGAAGAAAUGUCUGCUGAUCCCAGAGUGUUUUUGAUGGAUGAAGAGGUUGGUGAAUAUCAAGGUGCAUAUAAGAUCACCAAGGGGCUCCAGAAAAGUAUGGUCCUGAAAGGGUUUUCGAUACACCAAUUACCGAGGCUGGCUUUGCUGGGAUACUAUGGCCUGAAGCCUGUAGUCGAGUUCAUGACGAUUAACUUCUCAUUGCAGCAAAAUCAAACGACAUGUCCACUGGUCAGAUAUCAGUGCCUAUUGUUUUUAGAGGUCCUAAUGGUGCUGCCGCUGGUGUGGGCGCUUAACAUUCCCACGUACGAGUUCUCUUAAUGCCAUCUUCUUGUUUAAGCAAGGUUACUAUAGGAUUCCAUUUAGAUUUCUAUGUGCCUGUGUAUAAGCAAGGCUCUUUGUUACAGCGUAGAAGAUGAAGGUCGAGUGGGAUAG